AAAAAAGGUCUUCCCAGCUACACUUCCACUUAACUACAGCAGAUGGCAGUGUCGCUGUUGACUGCCCUUCAUCGGUUCCAGUCCUACUGAAGAAGGAGAACCAGCGCUCCGUGAAGCUAACAGCUAACAUCCGGGAAGUAAAAAGGAAUGAAAGCGUAUGAACGCCGGCUCAUGCGACAGGAAACCAGGUUAAAGCAGCGGCUGGGCGUAAGGAGCGAUGGAGAAAAGCUUCGCUCAGUGGAAAAAGCAGUGCCUGAACAAAGCGGACCUGAGUAAGAAGGGCGCUGUGGACGAGGCCAUCGAGCACGUCGUGUCUCUGCUCAACAGCCGGGAGGAGUACUUCACUACCAGCUCCUGCUCUGGGAGAGUCAUCCUCAUCGACGGGGCUCCAGAAAGCAGUGCUGUCCAGAAACAGAACUGUGCCUGGCUAUUUGUCUCACAUCACAAGUGUACCUCAGAGGACCUGCUGUCUGCUCUGGCCGGGUGCUCCGGUGAUGCUGUGUUGAAGUUUGAGCCCUUUGUACUCCAUGUUCAGUGCAGACGGCUGGAAGACGCACAGCUGAUGCAUUCAGUGGCCAUCGACUCCGGCUUCAGGAACUCCGGCCUCACUGUUGGCAAGACAGGAAAAAUCAUUAUGGCAGUCCGUAGCACCCAUGGCCUGGAGGUUCCUCUGAGCCAUGAUGGAACGCUCCUAAUUCCACAGGAAUACAUCACCUAUCUAACACAGGUAGCCAAUCAGAAGAUGGAGGAGAACCAUAGAAGGAUAUCCAGCAGGUUCUACCAGAACCUCCACUCAGCCCUGCUAACAGAGAAAUCCCAAAGAUUCCAGAUCCAAGAUCCUCAUGAUGCUCCGGAGACAGAAAAAGGGACAGACGAAGAGGAGGAAAAGGAGGAGAGGAAAAAAACCAGUGUAUAUAAACGGAGGCGAAAGAGGGAGAAGCAUGAGACAGACGGUUGCCAUGGUGAUGGGGACUGUAGUGUGCCAGGGCUAGAAGACUGUCUGGAUCUGUUCACAUGAACUAAUGGCUCAGUUUCACAGACUGGUUUCACUGGAUUCUAGAGUUUCCCAGUUUUCAGAUGUUUUAGAGAUUGCUAGUUUUGCAGUGAUGAUGGGCUUUCAUCACUAUGAUCACCAUGGUAACAACGACAUUAAAGCAAAUACCAAAACAGAAAAGACUGAAGGGAUCAGUUAUUUGAGUUCUUAUUUGUGUAUAGAACGAAAAAAUAAUUCAAAGCAUAAUAUGUAAACUUAAAGUUUAUUUACAUGAUGUGACCACUAGAGUGCAGCAAUGCUCAGAAAAAUCUUCAUUUGACCUGAGUUACAUUAGAAUGGAGGCCGAACACCUUGACCUGAAAUACAGUACCUAACAGUAUGAAGCAAUCCUGGCACAUAAAACUAAGACAUAGUAUUUACUGAAACAUAUUUUGAUGCUAGCAACACAAAUUCAGAAACAUCUUUCCUUUGAUUAUCUCUGAGUCUUAGACUGUCAGCAUUCGUGUGCUGCAGCCACAACCUAAGCAGGCCUGUAUACAACAAAGUAAGUAGCUUCGUUCUGUUCAGAGAUCUACGUUCAUUAACUGCACUGAAGCUAACACGUAAGGUCUUAUAUGCUCCAUUCUGUCUGGAGGUUUUUGGGGUUGUGUUGAUUUUUACAGUAUGUCGAGCCUUAUUGAGUCGCAGUUUUGAAGAUUUUAAAGUUGCCGUCUGAUGCUAAA